AUGUCUCCCGUCGUGCAACGCGCACACACGGUAAAAAAGCUACUCGAAGAGGACAUCGCAGGCCUGAAGCCAUACUCAGCGCCGCAUUCCGAAUGUGCAGUGGAAUUCCAACUCGCGACCUCUGCUCGGUCGCUGAGCAACGACGACAUGCAAGCGUGUCUUGACCUCGUAGAGCAGACGUCGGGCGCCGACUACCGGGCCUCCAGCAUCGGGUGGAACACGCGCAAGAAGCGAGAGGAGAUGCUCGACAGCGAGAUGUUGUACCUGCUCGUGCGGCAAAGCGGCGCCGAGACCGUUCCCAAUCCUAGCACCAAACGCCCUAUCCUCGGCUUCCUCUCCUUCAUGUUCACAUGGGACGACCCGCCGUACACGGACCGCGAAGUCGUCUACAUCUACGAGAUCCACCUGGCGCCCCAACUGCGCAGCCGGGGUCUGGGCUCGCGCCUUGUAGCAUUUGCCGAGGCGGCUGCGCGCGCAUGUGGAAUCGACAAGGCGAUGCUGACGGUGUUUACGGCGAACGCGCGGGCAAAAGCCAUGUACGAGCGGUUAGGGUACCAGAAGGAUGCGUGUAGUCCGGCUGAUCGCAUGGUAAGGAGUAAGGUGAUUCGGGCGGAUUAUGCGGUUAUGAGUAAGAUUGUGGGGAAGUACGUAAGUAGUGGGGAUUAG